AUGUCUGCCACCGAGAAUGCCAUGGCAAGGUUCCUUUUCGCUAUCCUCCAGCAAAAGUCUCUGAAGGACAUCGACUGGAACGAAGUAGCCGCCAGCCCAUUUCUCUCCCAAAAGAUAUCGAACGGCCAUGCCGCCCGCAUGCGCUACUCGCGAUUCCGAGCCUCCAUGUUGGGCACCGAACCCCGACCGAGAAACCGUACGAAUCCCGACAAGAACCGAGUUACAAAGACCAAGAAGGAGGAUGGAGAAAGGCCAAAGACGAAGGCAGUCAAGGUUGAGAAGGGGAAGGAAGGAGGGGAAGAGUCCAAGAGCCAAUCCUCCCAGACUUCGCUGCCAUCCCCGCCUCUCAAGGACGACCAAGAUUUCAUACAUCCCGAACCAUCAUCUCUCGACAACAUCUACCCGACGCCAACCUCCAUGGCUACGCCUAUGCCCGACAUUCAACCAAGGAUGCAAUGGCGUCACCUCACUCCCUGCAGCGACUCCGAUGCUCUGACGACUUCACCACACAUUUAUACUCCGGCGGUAGGCCAGGCUUGUCCCACCGACAUGCUUCUCGGCCAUACCGACACUCCUUUUGAUUACACCGGCUCGGCCGCCACCACCACCACUGGAUCCUGGCAGCCCACUUUACCUGCCUACGCUGGCUACGGAAUGGGAUAUGAGCUGGAUACCUACGCGACUGCUUAUGCCGUGAGCGACUCCCAGCAGAAUGAACAGCAUGCUGCUGAACAACUUCAAGUACACGCUGCCAUGCUGGAACACGAAAGUCAUACCGGAAUGAUCAAGCAGGAGGACUGUGAAGCUCAGGAGUAUCAGUGUUGA